AUGGCCGUUGACGACUUCUACCACAAGCACCCGAACUACGCCACGCUGGUGGAGCUGCGCCUCAAGGAUUCGCGCGGAGACCUCGUCAAGGUGGCACACGCUGCCGAGGAGCUCAUGGACAAGAAUGCCGAGGUGCAGGCCAUCAUCUCGCCUCAGACAUCAUCCGAAGAUGCCGAGCUAUUCGCCGGCAUAGCGGAACACAGCAACAUCCCGAUCCUUUCCUCCUCCACCGCCACGUCGCCGGCGUCGAGUUCAUCAUUGCGGUCGCGUUUCUUCGUACGCACCGCACCCAACAUCAGCUCCCAGGCGGCCCCGAUCGCCGCCAUCCUCGAGGCGUUUGCGUGGCGGGCCGCUGUCCUGCUUCACGAGGACUCGCCCUACGGCGUCGGCCUCCUCUCGGCGCUGGUCCACGCGUUCCAGGGGUCACGCGGCCUCACUGAUAGCGUAGCCGUGCCACGCGACGCGACAGACAGCCGCGUCGACGCGGCGCUCCUCGCCCUCAAGACCAUGCCGACGAAGGUGUACAUCGUGCACAUGCCUCCCGCUCUGGCCGCGUGCCUCUUCCGCCGGGCCGUGGUCGCCGGCAUGAUGUCGGAAGGCUACGUCUGGGUCACCACCGCAGGCGUUGGCAACGCGGCGGACAGCCUCCCUAACCCCGGUGACAUCGAUUACAUGCAGGGGGCUGUCAGCCUGCGGCCUUACGUGCCGGCGACGGACCAAGUCAGGAGCUUCUGGAGGCGGUUCAAGGCGAGGUUUCGGCAGGAGAACCCAGGUCUCGAGCACGACGACCCCACUGUGCCGGUGACGUUGCUCUGGUUGUAUGACACGGCAUGGGCUGCCGCGGCAGCAGCUGAGACCACCUUCCGAACGGCACAACCAACGGCAUUCAUCGAUGCUCUGCUGGUCACCAAGUUCGAUGGACUGGUAGGAAGGUUCGGGCUGGUCGACGGCCAGCUGCAGGUCUCGGUGUACGAGAUCAUGAAUAUCAUCGGCAAUGGCGCAAGGACGGUCGGCUUCUGGGUACCAGGGUUGGGGAUCACGACGAGCCUGUAUCCCAGCGGUGCACGGAAAGAACUGAAGCAGAUCCUCUGGCCAGGCGAGACAGCGGCUGUCCCGAUCGGGUGGAACAAGUCACCCAGCCGAGGGAGCCUUCGCGUCGGAGUUCCGGUGAGACGCGGGUUCACCGAAUUCGUGGAAAUUUCCACUGAUCCGAGCAUAGCCACGGACAGAGUGUCGGGCUACUGCAUAGACGUGUUCAACGCGGUCAUGAAGGCAGACGCAGUGGUUGGAGACGUGACGAUCAGAUCGGGCAGGAUGAAGGUUGUUUCAUUCACGACGCCAUUCACGGAUACGGGAUGGUCGAUGAUCAUUGCACAGAAGGAUCGCAACAAUAGUAUGUGGAUCUUCACGAAGCCAAUGACACCGGAACUCUGGCUCACCAGCCUUGCUUUCUUCUUAAUUACUGGAUUUGUUGUGUGGGCGAUCGAGCAUAAGAUAAACCCUCGGUUCCGCGGCACACCCUGGAAGCAGCUCGGCAUCCUAUUCUACUUUGCAUUCUCAACCAUGGUCUUCUCCCACAAGGAGAAGCUGGAGAGCAACCUGUCAAAGUUUGUGGUGAUCAUGUGGGUGUUUACCGUGCUCAUCCUCACAUCAAGCUACACAGCGAACCUAACGUCGGUGUUGACAAUCCAGCAGCUCAACCCGACAAUGAACGAAUGGACAGAUAGUGACUAUGUGGGGGUUCAAGCGGAUCCCUUCAUCGAGGGCAUGGUGAGGGAGAUGGGCUUCGAUGAGGCAAGGUUCAGGAGGUACACCUCCAUGGAUCAAUACGCGGAUGCGCUCGACAAAGGGUCAGACAAUGGAGGUGUCACAGCCAUCUUCGCAGAGGUUCCCUACCUUAGGCUCUUCCUAUCGCGCUACUGCCAAGGCUACUCCAUGGUGGGUCCAAUCUACAAGAGCGGCGGGUUUGGAUUUGUGUUUCCGAAGGGAUCCCCGCUGGUGGAGGACGUGUCACGUGCCAUAUUGGAGCUGGCGGAGGAGGACGGACUCACGCCCAUCGACAACAAAUGGUUCCGCCACCCCGGAGCCUGCGUGGGCAGGAGGAGCAGAGGCGAGGAUGACGCCAGGCUCGGUCUGUGGAGAUUUCGUGGGUUGUUCCUCAUCAACGCCGUCGUCUCGUGCUUCAUGCUCCUGAUUCACGUCACCAUGGUCGUCUCCCGGGAGCGCGCGAGCGGCAGUCAGCUAAGGGCCGACACGGAGGCCACCACAGGAGUGAUGCUAUGGCUGCGCGCUUGGCUCCAGCGUUUCGACGCCUUCGAAGGCCCGCAAGGCGAGCCAGUGCACAACUGCCAGGGAACGGUGGAGGAGAAUCCCCUACAGGGUCCGGCCACCGGAGCUGACCUGCAAGAUGAUGCCAUGGGAGACUCUGACUCUACUCCCGUGGGAGACACUGAUUCCGGCAGAAAUGCAGCUUCUAUCCCUGUUUCGGAGGAAAACUCAAGGCUCGUUGGGGGGAGCUCUACAAGGCCGUUCCCGCACGAACCUGCACCACCAGCCUUGGCGCCCAUGUAG